ACAUAAUGGGCACAAAUUUACAGUACUUCCAAAACCCUCUCAUACACAUUCCGUAAUCUACAAAAUAUCUGGAAAGCACCGUUGAUGUAAUCCUUGGAAACAGACCUGGAUCAAAGCCUGACCGUAGCAGAAGUAAAGUAACGGUCACGACUUUCGCAGUAGCCCGCCCUCAUCCGGCAGACAUAGCUACACUUUUAGAGGCAGAAGGACUCGGCAUAGAUGUAGAAAAUAAACAGAAGGCCACUGUCAGUACAGAAAAAAAAACAAAGUUUCUGACCGCCGUUAUGGAUUCAAGGGCCCUUGAACUCAACGGUGUAACGGGGGAAAGUCCUGAAAACGACGACGAGAUACAACCAAGAAGUCGUCGAAGAAAUCGACCACUCAAUGUAAAUCACUAUGCUACAAAGAAGAGCGCUGCAGAAAGCAUGCUGGAUGUCGCACUGUUGAUGGCCAAUGCAUCCCAGCUGAAAGCUGUAGUAGAUCAAGGACCUUUCCUGUAUUAUACCCCACUCAUUGUUCUUAUCAGUAUAUCACUCAUACUACAGGUAGUAGUGGGUGUGCUUCUAAUAUUUAUUGUCAAGUAUGACCUUAAUGAUGCAGCUAAGCAGUUCCGGCUGAAUUUACUCAAUGACAUCACCACAGGCUUGGUGUUUAUUAUUGUGGUUGUGAACAUAUUUAUAACAGCAUUUGGUGUCCAGAAACCAGUUGUACCUGUAGAAGCAAACCAUCUUCAACAGUAGGAAACAAAGUGGUCUGUAAUUGGUCACUGAAGGCUCAAUAUACUUUUUGUGGGAAGGUCAUUCUUGAAAGAACUGGAAUAUCCCUUCCAUUCCUAAAGAUGAAAGUGCAGAUGUUUUCUUCAGUUUAAUGGCCAGUAAAAAAACUAUUUCAAGGCACUGCAGAAAACUUUUUGCCUGCGUAUUAAGAUAUUCUGAAUAACAGAACUAAAUAUCAGCAUGUAUUAGACAGGAUAUAAUACGCUGAUGGUGCACUCCUUCUGAAAAUUUCUUCCUAAUUCACUUACUCGGUUACAGAUGGACUACAUCAGAAACACAUUUUAUCAGUUAUCAUUCAGUUUAUACCUUUCAAACAAUUGCUUGCUUUAUACCUAUUAGUACCUUUAUGUAACAUUUCAGUCACAUAUAUCAUAGUUAUAGAUGUGUAAUCUCUGUGUUGCACACAAAUCAUUUUUAGAUAUUUUUUUGCAAACUUUUAAUACAAGUGUAUUUAUCAAACUAGAUUAUAACAUUUUCUAUGACUUUCUGUCAGCAUUAUAGCUGUUUCUGUUUUCAUUUCUGUUUGAAAAAUUGUGCAAAACUGUAUGUAGAAUUUUUAUAAAGUAUUGAAGAAAAAGAUCAGGAGGAACUAAAACUUGUAAUAUUUAAACUGGUUUUGUUUUAUUUACCUUACUUGUUUCAUUGUGACUGUUAAAAAGCAGAAAUUAACUACUUCAAUUGUUAGAAUAUUAGUAUUAUAAUUUUUCUGCAUUAUGUGCAUUUUUACUUUCAUGUGACUUUUUCAUUUGGGUCAUGGAAAAGAGAGUGAUCAGACUUUAGAAUUUGCAGCAGGAUUCCAAUUUUCUAUUUCGUGUUUUUUUUUUUUUAUAUAUACAAAUACUGAAAUGGAAAGAUGGUAUUAAACGUUUAGAAGCAGAGCAUGCCAAAAGUAUUAUUCACAGUGUGUAUGGACACUUAGUUGCUGUUCAUUACUGGUUGAACACAAGUUGGGCAUAUCUGUUUGUAAGUGUUACCACAGGAUUAACAGGCAAGUUUCUCAUGUACAUAGCCAGGAGUUUUGGAAUUGUUUCCUGAUUUCUAGAAUGGAUUCUUCCCUCAAGUAUAGCUCAAAAUUAAAAAAGAAUGGUUCUAUGGGAAACUAUUUAGCAAAAUCUGUAAGCAUAAAUAUGUAUUAAAAUUAUAUUGUAGCACAUGUCUUUGCACAAUAUAAAUUAGAUUUUAAAAAAGUAAAUUCCAUGGUGUACAUAGCAUAUGCCUACUUACAAAAGAGAAGUUUCUUGCACUGCUGGACAGCUGCACUAGUACAAAUUGUAAGUGACAGUAUCAGGGGAAAUAAAACAUUUUUAUAGUUGAAGCAUCACUUUAUGGCCAUAGUAUGUAUUUCACUGGAUAUCUUACUAUGGGAGCUUGUAGCAAAUUCCAUAGCUGAUGAAACAGUGUUAAUGUGGUGAAGCCUUGUGAUUUAAAGGUUGCUGCAGACUGAAACUCUCCUGUUCCUCCUCCUCUUUCACAUAGCAAAAGAGAGCCUGUAAUAAGGCUGGGAUUUCUGUGAUGAUGUGGGCAGGCGUACUAUUCUAUGCAAUAAAAAUGCAUUCCAGAGCGAAAAUGUAAUAGUUGUUUUACUCUCCUUUAUUAUCAGACUGACAGGACCUUUGUGUUCUUUAACAAGCUUUUAUUACAACACUGUAUGAUUUCUUAAAUAAAGACAUUUUGCAAGUUUGGGACAUUCA